CCAAUCCGGCCAUUUUUAGUAUAAAAGUUUCAGCUCUUGGAUUCUUUAAUUUUUACUUAGCAUUUGUCAAAAAAGUCCAUUAACGCAAAGCUUUCUUUGGUUUCUCGAUUGCCCAGUCGUAGUAUCCUUGUUAGAAAACGUUUGAAACUACACAGGUUUCUCAGAUUGACAUAGUGCACAUAGGUACUACACCAAGUGAGGGAUUUCAAUCAUAUCAUGCAAGAUAUAAUAUUCUCAUGUUAAACUAGUCAUCCUGACAGUGCAGUGUAGAACAUCAGUUGGUUUGGUAAACCUGUUUUCAUCCCUGCCUGUGCACCAAAUGGUUUCACUAAGAACCUGCAAAGAGAAUUUGCCAAAUAUUGCUUGAUUUCUAAUAAGACAGGGUCGUAGGAAACAAAACGUAAACGUGUCAUGCGACGGUGUAGAGGUUGGGUGAGAAUGCCACGUGUUACAUCAUUAUCAAGCAGGUAGAAUUGCCGCAAGGCUUGAGUUGAGAGGACAGGGUUAGAAAAAGUCGUAUAAAAGGAGAGAGAAGAGACGAAAGAAAUCAGUCGAUGGAGCAUCUCCGACACGGUAACAGUAACUGUUGUGCAAUUUUUGUCACCAACUGCAUUCUUCGUCGUAUUAUCAGUUAUCAAUACUGGGAGAGAGGAAAGGCGAAAGGAAUCAGUCGAGUGAUCAUCUUCGACAUGGCAACAACUGCGGUGCACUAGUCGUCAUCAACUGCAUUCUUCGUCGUACCACCAGUUUGCCAUCAUGGUUACAAUCGAAAAAAUUUGAUGUUCACGCUUGGAGGUCAGAAGAAACAUUUCGUAUAACUGGCAUGCGGUGGUGUAGUUAACAUGCCUAGUUUUUAUUGAAUGCAAAUGUUUAAAUUGAUUAAUUGUGUAGUAAACUAUGUCGUCGUGCUGAUGUUGGGGGAUGUAUAGUCUCGUCCAACUACUGGUGUACUGAUGUCUUCUGGGUAUGACGGGUAUGAAACCGCAACGCCGCAUGUUACUACACCGAGGCCCCCAAGUACUACACCACCAAGUCUCCAGAUUAUUACACCACAACUUCGCUGCCCCGGGCUACUACACCGAUUCCCCGAAAUUUCUUCUUCCCCGAGCUACGCCAUUUAAGGGUCGAGUACUACAACGAGUCCCAUAAUGACAACACACUACAUAUCAUGGUCGUAUAACAGGAGAGAAGGCGAUAGGUAUCAGUCGAAUGUUUAUCACCGACAUGGCAACAACUAUAGUGCAGUAGUCGUCACUAACAGCGUUCUCCGUCGUACCACCAGUUUUAAAAUCAUGGUAAACUAUUUUGUCGUGCUGCUGUUGGGUGUCGUUUCGUUGAUGGGUGAGUCGACCACUGGUGUACUAAUGUCUCCUGGGUAUGGCGGAUACCAAAGCACGACGCCGCCGUCUUACUAUACAACAACAACAUACGACACGACCAGUUACUACACUGAGGUCCCCAAGUACUACACCACCAAGGAACCGGAGUAUUACACAACUACAAAUGCCGCGCCAGCUUAUUACACCGAGGCUCCCAAGUACUACUCUGCUCCCAGCUACUACACCGAGGUUCCAGCUUAUUACACCACUAAAACAGUCGAAUACUACACAGAAGUUAUCAUUGUGAUCUAUGGCGUGCUGCUGUUGGGUGUUGAAUCGUUGAUGGCUGUAUUGACCACUGUUGUGUUGAUGCCUCCUGGGUAUGGCGGGUAUGAAACCACAACGCCGGCGUCUGACUGCACGACAACAACAACAUACGCAACGACCAGUUACUACACUGAGGCCUCCAAGUACUACACCACCAAUGUUCCAGAUUGUUAUUCAAAAACAUAAGCUGUCCCGAGUUACUACACAGCAGCCCCGAAGUAUUAUUCUUCCCCGAGUUCCACCAACAAGUCAUCGGAGUAUUACACAACUACGUAUGCAGCGCCAGCUUACUACACCGAGGCUCCAGCUUAUCACACCACCAACGGUCGAAAACUACCGGAAGUGACAAAGAACUACUCUGCCCCGAGCUACAAAACCCUAACUGAGGCGGCCAAGUAUUACGUAGCCUCAACUUUCUACACAACUGCCGCCCCUUCGUAUUACGCUGAACCAAAAUACUACACUGAAGACCCAGUUUGCUACACCACAACCUACGCUACACUCUGCUACUACACCGAAGCUCUGAAGUAGUAUAAUACGAAGGUACCUGAGAUCUAUGCCACUACAUACGAUGCUCCGACCUGCUACACCGAAGCUCUUAAGUAUUACUCUGCUCCGAGUUAUUACACCACUAAGGGAUCUGAAUGUUACACCACGACCUACGCUUCUCCAGAUAACUACAAGGAGGCUUCUAAAUACUAGAUCUGAAAUUGUUUUCAUGUGAUUUCACUGAGAAUUCUUGUUGAUGUUGUAUGAGAAAAUAAAUUUUUAUGCGGGUAAAUAUCUU